AUGGAACUGCCCAAGCAAAUAAGCAAUAUUGUAUUUUUAGUCAGCGUGUUUGCUUCAUUACCUCGUACGACACGUGGUCAACCCAUCGUGUUAGGCAGUGAUCCAAAAGGAAAAACAUUUCUGUAUACAAAUGGAAACAGUGUAUUUAUUCGAAAUAUUGAUGAUCCGUCUAUUUGUGAUGUGUAUACCGAACAUUCGACAACUGUUUUAUGCGCUAAAUACUCACCAUCUGGCUUUUAUAUAGCAUCAGGAGAUCAACAUGGGAAAGUUCGUAUAUGGGACACAAUUAAUAAAGAACAUCUAUUAAAAAAUGAAUUUCAACCAUUUGGAGGAUGUAUUAAAGAUUUAGCUUGGACAGCCGAUAACCAACGUAUUAUAGUUGGAGGAGAAGGAAAAGAAAAAUUUGGACAUGUAUUCUCAGCUGAUGCUGGAAAUUCGGUUGGUGAAAUCGUUGGAAUGACAAAAGCAAUAAAUUCUGUUGAUUUUAAAUCAAAUAGACCAUUUCGUGCAAUAACAGGAAGUGAAGAUAAUGCUGUUUCAUUCUUUGAAGGACCACCAUUCAAAUGGAAAACAACAAUGUCGGAUCAUGAAAAGUUUGUUCACGUUGUACGAUAUUCUCCUGAUGGUGAAAAAUUUGCUUCUGGUGCUGCUGAUGGACGAGUACUUAUCUAUGAUGGUAAAACCGGUGAAAAGCAAUCAGAACUCGGUUCACCCGCACAUACGGGAAGCAUCUACGGUUUAUGUUGGGAUCCAACUAGCCAUUUUAUAUUAACAGCAUCCGGUGAUAAAACAGCAAAAAUAUGGGAUGUCAGUAAAGGAAGUCUACUCGAAAAUUUUGCUAUGGGUAGCGAUUUGAAAGAUCAACAAGUUGGUUGCUUAUGGCAAGGAAAUCAUAUAAUUACUAUUUCAUUAUCUGGCUAUAUUAAUUAUCUUGAUCGAAGUAAACCUGAUGUACCACGGCGCGUUGUCAAAGGUCAUAAUAAAAGUGUGACUGCAAUGACAAUAUUUGGCGUUAGUGGCAAUCAGAAUCCAGCUGCCAACAAAUAUAUUUAUAGUGCUAGUCAUGACGGUGUUGUCAUUCGAUGGAAUGAAAAUGGUACUGAUACGGAACUAGUCGAUGGUGAAUGUCAUACAAAUCAAGUUCAAAGUUUUAGUUCAAAUUCUCGUCGUGUUGUAUCGUGUGGUCUUGAUGACACUGUGCGAUAUAUCAACGUUAGAACUAAUUCAUAUGAGCGUACCGAGAAACUGUCUAGUCAGCCGCGUGAUAUUUGCAUCAGUGAAACAGAUGUUGUAUUUUGUGUUGCUUCAAAUAUGAUCUAUAUGAUACAAGAUGAAGGAACAAUGGUCACACAUAAACUGAAUUACGAAGCAACAUCUGUCGCUGUACAUCCACAUGGAACAGAAUUGGCUAUUGGAGGAAAAGAUAAUAAAACACAUGUGUAUAUGAUCGAUGGUACAGCAUUAACAGAAAUUCGUAUAUUUGAACAUCAUGAUUACAUUGUUAAAGUUACUUAUUCACCGCAAGGAAAUUAUUUUGCAUCUGCUGAUAAUAUGAAAAAUGUUAAAUGUUAUAAAUUACCAGAAUAUCAAGAAAUUAGUCGUGAUAUGUGGCGUUAUCAUGCUGGUACAAUAACAUCACUCCAAUUCAGUCUUGAUGGAAAAAAAUUAGCAUCGACUGGUAUUGAUACACAUUUAAUGCUUUAUUUACCAGAAAAUGUUUCCAAAGUUACACAAGUCAAAGGUGCUCAUCAACUCAAUCCUGUUACAUGUUCGGCAUGGCUUACAAAUGAUACGUUGUUUACAGGUGGUAACGAUUGUUGUUUGAAAAAAUGGUCUGUUCGUUAA